CUAAUCCACACUCUCCUCCACUCACCCCCCCAAUCCAACACAAUCCAGCCUGAUCCACCUAUCCAGCCAAACCUGGAGACGUGCUGGUCACCUGGACAUGAGAAACGGAGCUCCGGGAAUGCCCAGCGUCCGCUUUUCUUCAUUUCCACAGUGGGCCGGUGGCUGUGUGAGUGUCGGUGGAUGAGUGAGUGUGCAGCAAGUGGGCUCUGAUGUGUGUGUGUGAGUGUGUGUGGUGCUCAGUGAAGGAUGCAGCGUCUCCUGGUGGUUCAGGUGCUGCUGUGCUGUUGGCGGUUGGUCCAGCCAUUCUGCCCAUCACAAUGUACCUGUGUGUUUCACUCCCGCAGCGAUGGAACAGGAACCAGGACCGUCCUCUGCAAUGACCCAGACAUGUCGGACAUCCCGGUCAACGUGCCGGUGGACACUGUGAAGCUGCGGGUGGAGAAAACGGCGGUUCGUCGGAUUCCCACUGAAGCCUUCUACUACCUAACUGAGCUCCAGUACCUGUGGAUCACCUACAACUCCAUCACCUCUGUGGACCCAGGUAGCUUCUACAACCUGAAGGUCCUGCAUGAGCUCCGGCUGGACGGCAACCAGAUCUCCACCUUCCCCUGGGAGGCCCUGAGAGAGAUGCCCAGCCUCAGGACGCUUGACCUGCACAACAACCGCCUCACCAGUGUCCCCAUGGAGGCUGCCCCUUACCUGGUCAACAUCACCUACCUGGACAUCUCCAGCAACAGGCUCAGCACCCUGCCCUCUGACCUGGUGGAUAUCUGGCCUCCUUUUUCUGGCAUUGCGCCAACCUUGAAUGCUUCCCAGAAGAUCGUACUGGGUCUCCAGGACAACCUGUGGUACUGUGACUGCCGGAUCUCCAAACUUAUCGAGAUGUCCAAGAUGACAAACAUUCCAGUGGUUUUGAUGGACCCAUAUCUGUCCUGCAGUGGCCCAGAGAACCUGUCUGGUGUUCUCUUCCAGAGAGCUGAGCUGGAUCAGUGUGUCAAACCUUCAAUCAUGACCUCAGCCACAAAAAUCACCUCUCCUCUUGGCAGCAAUGUGCUCCUGCGCUGUGAUGCCACAGGAUAUCCCACUCCUACCCUGCUGUGGAGCAAGGCAAAUGGGUUAGCUAUAAAUAACACAGUUGUCCAAGAAUCUCCCGGUGAAGGUGUCCGGUGGUCCAUCCUCAGUCUGCAUGGUAUCGAGGUGAAAGAUGCUGGCGUGUACCGCUGCAAAGCCAAGAAUGUUGCAGGAAAUUCGGAGGCCUUUAUCACCCUCUCUGUGGCUGGGAUGGAUACAACAACAGUGUCCCUUUCAUCAAGCAUGACCAAGAAACCUGAUGACAGUCCAGGAUUAAUUACCCAGUCUCUGCCUCCAGUUACUGGCACUGUAGUUCCAACAUUUACAUCUUUUAGGCCUACUACAUCCAAGCCCCCCAUAACCACAAUGCCAUCUGUACCUAGUCGGAUGAACCUAGGCCCGGGUGGAGGCAUUCAGAGGUCUCCACCUGCUGGAGAUACACCAGCUAAGAUGCAGCAAGGAAAGGAUACUAAAGGUCUGGGUACCAGCGAUAAAUCUAGGAAAAAGGGAAGUGCCUACAUCAAGGAUAUCGAAGUGGUUGAAGAGACUGGAGAUACGGCAGUUGUGCUAUGGACAACUGAGGGUUUGCCUAGCGAUACACCCUUAUCCAUGGUGUACUUCCCAUACGACACAGAAGAUAACAAGGAAAUGCUAGAGACUGAGGUUGGGUUGGGGAAACUUCUUUUAGAGAAUCUGCUGCCCAACCAGGUCUACACAGUCUGUUUGGUUGCCAAAGGUUUUGUGUCUGGAAAGGACCAAUGUGUGAAUUUUAGCACUCUGGACACCUCUGGGGAUGAUAGCCAAAACAAGUGGCUAAUGAUUGCUAGUGGGAUUGCUUGCGUUUUUGCACUCCCACUUAUCAUCCUUCUUCUCUAUAAGAUUGUGUCACUCUACUGUAAGGGGAGAGCCAGCAGAAAUGCUGGAACAGAUGAAGACCUCUCUAAAGAGACUUAUGUAAAGUUUGAGACUCUCACAAUGAAACAGAGGACACUGAAUGGACAGGCGAAUGACCUCUGGGCUCGGAGGCAGACACAGGAAUCAGAAAGGAUGCUUCUUUGCUCCCGUUCAAGUAUAGACUCCCAAAUGACUUACAAAAGUGAUAGCUCACGAUCAGAGUACUUGUGCUAGCUAACAAGUUUUUAGCCUAGAAACCAAUUCCUGGGAACUAGGAAUUAUUAUAUUCAUCAUCUGGGACAAUGUUGCCUGUGCUAACUCCACCAUUUGCAAUGAGAACACUGCAAAUGUUGUGCAUAAUCACUUCGUAUGUUACUGAACUAAAGAUGAGCCCAUGUAGAUGAAAGUGCUCAUGAUAUCACAAAACACACUUCAUCUUGCCACCAACAUGCAGGCACACUAUGGGUGGUUUCCCACUGCACAUUUAAAAACACAAACUGAUCCAAAAGGGAACCAAAAGAAUGUACAAUUCUAGUUUGUUUUCUACCAGAUCCUUUGGGACCAGAAAAUUUGGACUUGUGCUUUUUCCAUUGGCCAUCAGUCAGGUUUUUGGUUGCUGCUCAAAAUCGACACCAACAGGAAUGAAAGAUACUCAAGGAUGUUCUCUGAUUUUGGAAACUCUUUCAGCUGAAGCUUACAACAAUUUAGCAAACUCUUUACACUAACAGGUGAAGAUAAAGUCUCCAAGCCCUACUGCAUUGCCAGUUGGUGCCCCAGAAUGUAAUUAGGAAAGAUUACUAUGUUUUCUAAGCUAAAAUAAGCUAGUUAGGAAGCUAACAGGUUAGCAUUUAUGCUAGCCUCCACAGAAUGGGUAUCUUGACAAAUGUAAAAUACAAACUUUAAUUGAUUCGACACACAGUUGUGUGCAUUGCAGACAUUUGUAAGCACUAAUUCAUUUCAGCUCAGAUAGUGUUAUGUUAAGAUAACUGGUAAGCAAGGUAGCUAAUUAGCCAAAUUAAAUGCCUUAGAGUGGCAUAAAAUUACCAAAAAGACAAUUAUUGUGACAGUUCCAGCUGUCUCUUAAGCAGGUAGAAAACAAACUAGAAUUGUACAUUUUUUUGGUUCCCUUUUGGAUCAGUUUGUGUUUUCAAAUGUGCAGUGGAAAAACACCCUUAUUGGCCAUUCACCAUACACUUUUGAAGUUUGCAAUCAAUUGCAGUCUGUGUCUGGGUAAGAGAGAAGUGUAGUAGCUUAUUAUUUACAGUGUGAUGACACAUGCAUGAGGUAUGGAACACAGAAUGUGAAGUACAUUUAAGCUACUCUUAAGAGUUUGUUUAUGUAUUAGCAAGGGAGGUUCACAGAGAAAACACAGAAAACACAGUCAAUUUAUUGCCUUAUAAUACUAUGAUAAUUCCUCUUCUUUUUAUUAUUUCCUGUUUUUUAAAUGGAGUGUUUUCUUUUAUUCACUGUACCCAAACAUACAGUGCAUGUUUGUAUUCAAGGUGAUUAUUUUUUAUGGUAUAUAAUGUUCAUAAUUAAUGUAAAUAUGGUAUAUUAUCUCCUUAUGCAAUGAUCAUUAGCACCUGACUAUUAAGAAUUACUGAAUUAAUUUUGUGAAACAAAUUAUUUGAAACGGUUUCGUUCAGACAUGCUAACAUGGCUAACAGAAAGCAGUUGGCCUAACAGUUGCUGGAAUUCCUCUGUGAUUUCCUCUUGGAAGAGAUAAAAGAUUGCCUCUUUUAGAGAAGAUCUGACAGAUUUUAAAUGCAGGAUUUAUUGUAGUGGUGUUGCAAAGCCCUGCCAAACACACACCCACACACUUUCUUCCUGAACCAGUGUAUGCAUUAAACCUUUGCCAUGUUUUCUGUGAUAAAUCUGCCAUCUUUUACAACCAGAUAAACUUUAAAGGGUAAUUAAAA